AUGGUAAUCAACAAGAGAAAAGUCAUUCAAGUUGUCUUCAGCUUGUGCUUGAUGAUAGGUACUACUCUAGCUCACUUUACUGAGCUUCCUAUCAAAAUACCUGGCUUAAAAAUACCUUCCAAUCCUAGCGUUAGAGUUUUAGAUAUUGAAACUUUUGAAGAUUGGGCUUGGGCUAGUUUUUACGUAGGAGUUUUUUACAUUUUCAAGUUCUUGUUAGUUGGAGGAUUGCUAGAAAUCACAAACCCUAUUCCUAAGACACUCUACCGCACAAAGAUGAUGAAAAAAUAGAUUUACAUGGGACUUUGGGCACUCUUUUUCGUUAUCACUACAACAACUUUAUUUUUCUGGAAAGUAGAGAAAUAUAUGCCAUACUAUGGCUACUAUGAAACUCAUAGCUUUGGAAUCAAAGAGUUCCUUCUUAAUAUCAUAGUUUACAUGUUUUGCUUUGACACAUGGUUUUGGUUUACACAUAUCCUCUUCCAUCAUCCAUUUUUAUGGAAGCAUGUACAUGUUUUCCAUCACUAAUUUGUAGAACCAACUGCCUUUGGUCAAGAUGCAGUUCAUCCUAUAGAAGCAAUCAUUUAAGGACCUUUUGGACAUUUCAUGUGUACACUCUUCUAUCCAAUGCAUCCAGUUGCUCAUAGUGUUUUUGGACUUUUAACUUCGUUUUUCGCCAUUUUUGCUCAUGAUGGAAGAUGGGACCCUAACUUCCAUAUUGCUCACCAUCACUACAAUGACGUAAACUUUGGCUUAUAUUGGGGAUUUUGGGAUAAAAUUUUUGGCACCAGAUAUAAUCCUACCAAAAAUGGAGUUUACAAACCAACUUGGGAAAGAAAUGAUCAAGGUUUAUCUCUCCUUAAAAACAUUGAAGAAAAGGAGAGAUCUAAAUGA